CCUCCCAGGGCCCCGUCCCAGCCCCUUUACAUAAGGCCCUGCAGGCUGAGCCUCUGGUCAGGUCCGUGGCCAUGGCCUUCACAGACCUGCUGGACGCCCUGGGUGGCGUGGGUCGCUUCCAGCUUGUCUACACUGCCCUGCUGCUGUUGCCCUGCUGCCUGCUGGCCUGCCACAACUUCCUACAGAACUUCACGGCCGCCGUGCCCCGCCACCACUGCCAAAGUCCCACCAACCACACGGUGGCCACCGACAAUGGCUCAGGGGCCUGGCUGAGGGCCACGGUACCCCUGGACCGGCUUGGGGCCCCCGAGCCGUGCCGGCGCUUCACGGAGCCUCAGUGGGCACUUCUGAGCCCCAACGCCUCUGUCCACGGGGCGGCCACGGAGGGCUGCCGGGACGGCUGGGUCUACGACCGCAGCAUUUUCCCAUCCACCAUUGUGACGGAGUGGGAUCUGGUGUGCGAGGCCCGCACCCUCCGCGACCUGGCUCAGUCCAUCUACAUGACCGGGGUGCUGGUGGGCGCUGCUGUGUUUGGCAGCCUUGCGGACAGGCUGGGCCGCAAGGCCCCCCUGGUCUGGUCCUACCUGCAGCUGGCAGUUUCGGGGGCGGCCACGGCGUACUUCGGCUCCUUCGGUGCCUACUGCGUCUUCCGGUUCCUGAUGGGCAUGACCUUCUCAGGCAUCAUCCUAAACUCCCUCUCUCUGGUCGUGGAGUGGAUGCCCACACGGGGCCGGACCGUGGCGGGGGUCUUGCUGGGGUACGCCUUCACCUUGGGUCAGCUCAUCCUGGCCGGAGUGGCGUACCUGAUCCGCCCCUGGCGAUGGCUGCAGUUUGCCGUCUCUGCUCCUUUCCUCAUCUUUUUCCUCUACUCUUGGUGGCUACCAGAGUCAUCCCGGUGGCUCCUCCUUCACGGGAAGUCCCAGCUGGCUCUGCAGAACCUGCGGAAGGUGGCUGCAAUGAAUGGGAGACAGGAGGAAGGGGAAAGGCUGACCGAGGAGGUGGUGAGCGCCUACAUCCAGAGUGAGUUUGCCAGUGUUCGCACCUCCAGCUCGGUCCUGGACCUCUUCCGAACCCCGGCCAUCCGUAAGGUCACAUGCUGUCUCAUGGUGGUGUGGUUCUCCAACUCCCUGGCUUACUACGGGCUGGCCAUGGACCUGCAGAAAUUUGGGCUCAGCGUGUACCUGGUGCAGGUCCUGUUCGGGAUGAUAGACGUCCCAGCCAUGCUGGUGGCCACCACCACCAUGAUUCACGUGGGCCGCCGGGCCACCGUGGCCUCCUUCCUCAUCCUGGCCGGGCUUAUGGUGAUCGGGAACAUGUUUGUCCCAGAAGAUAUGCAGAUGCUGAGAACAGCCCAGGCGGCACUGGGCAAAGGCUGCCUGGCCAGCUCCUUCAUCUGCGUGUACCUGUUCACAGGAGAGCUGUACCCCACGGAGAUCAGGCAGAUGGGGAUGGGCUUCGCCUCAGUCAAUGCCCGACUCGGGGGCCUGGCGGCGCCCCUGGUUACCAUGCUGGGGGAGUUCAGUGCUGUCCUGCCACCCAUGGGCUUUGGGGCCACCUCGAUCCUGGCCGGGCUGGCCGUCUGCUCUCUGGCUGAGACGCGCAACCUGCCCCUGCUGGAGACCAUCGAGGCGAUGGAGAGGAGAGUCAAAGGGGGCCUUUCCGGGAAAGAUGCAGAAGAGAAGGGUGAAGAAAUUUCUCUUCAGCAGCUGGGGGUUUCUCCCCUCAGAGAAACCAUCUAAGCUGCCAACAGCCUGGCACUUGCCCGCACCACCUCUCCCGGUGUCCAGCUUCUCCUGACGCUGAUGGGGGCAGGACGGGCCGAGGACCGCUGUGGUUCUGCAAACCUGGGAGAGGGAGCCGCCCACACCAGGGCUGGGGCUGCUGGAGAGGACCGGCCAGCGGCAGCCAGCGGGCUUUACGGCUCCCGGGGACCGAAGGAAGCGCUGUCUUCUUUUCCCAUCCCCGAAUCUUCUCCUUCACACCUCUCUGUUCAUUCCUGUCCACGUGAAAAUGCUGUGUCUUUGCAGGGUUAGUGUGCCAUUUCCACCCCCUGGUUGUCCCUGGAACAGCCCCCGCCUGCUUGGCUCCAGGAACGUCCAGAACUCAUUGUGCUCAUGCGAUUGAUAUUAACUCCUUCCUGCCUCAUGUGAUUAAAGCUUUUCCUGGUGUGUGACUUACA